AUGGCAGGCGGUCUUCCCUGGUCAUUUUAUCGCGGACAAUGGAGCGCUCUUCCCCCAGCUCCAGAAGGCCAUUAUCUCAAAGGUAAAAUCGUGGUCGUCACAGGUGCUACUUCAGGUCUUGGUCUAGAAGCUAGCAAGCAAUUUGCCGACGCAUCACCCGAGCAGCUGAUCUUUGCUGUCAGAUCGGUCGAAGCUGGAGAAAAGCUGUUGGAACAAAUCCAAAAAACUCAUCCUAAUUUAAAAGGGAAGGUCAUGUAUCUCGAUUUAAUGGAUUUACAGAGUAUCAAAGAUUUUUCAGAGGCAAUCAAAGUGUUUGGUAGAGUCGAUAUACUCAUCAACAAUGCUGGGAUCAAUCCCAGUUUCGACAAACGACCCUAUCAGUCAACGAAAGAUGGAUAUGAGAGAGUAUUCCAAACCAACGUGCUAUCCCCAAUCCUCACUACACUCUUACUCUUACCAUUACUUAAAAAAUCCAUUGAUCCUAAAGUCAUCUUCACUGGAUCGGAGGUACAUCACGUCGCUCCUUCUCACCUUAUUGAGAGUUCCAUCGACAAUGGGCAAAGCAUCCUCGACGCAUAUAACGAUGAGGAAAAGUAUUUCAAUCCGACGAGGUACUUUGAAUCCAAAUUGUUACUUCAGAUGCUCACUCGCAAUUUGAUCAAAGCCUUACCAGAUAUCACUAUAAUCAACGUCAACCCUGGUCUAGCAAUGACCAAUCUAGGCAGAGAAUUCAAUCGUAAAUUAUCUCUUAGUGGUAUCGUAGGGAUACUUUGGUUCGUUGUAAAUGCCAGAACAGCAAGCAAGGGAGCUAGAAACCUUACUUCCGCAACAGCUUGGCAAGGCGGUAGCCAAGAUUACUGGUCUGGGUGCGUCCCAGCAGCUUCUGAGAACACGUUUCUCUACUCUGGAAAGGGUUAUACAGCCACUCGGGUGUUUUACGAUGAGAUGUUGAAAGAGGUGGAGAAGAUCAGUCCGGGAUGUACAGCGAAUCUGCAAUAA